AUGAAUAUGGAGUCAAAGAACCUUGUGAACUUAUCGGUGUUCGCAUCGAUAAACGCACUGUACAUUCUGCUGUAUAUUUUUAACCAGACAUUUGUACAAGUAAUAUGUACACUAAGCAUUUUGCUUCUCCUGUUAAGCGGGCUGCUUGUAUUUUUGCAAGUACCUAAGAUUUCAGAGUAUAAGGAUAAUGACAAGCUGGAGAUAGUGUCGAAGGAAAUGAUCGAGAGCUGUGUCAUGUUUAUAUAUGAAUUAAUAAAUGACAAAUUAACCUUAGCAAGAAAAUAUUUAUUGUGGACCAACCGAAUGGAGAAUGUUACUGUAAUUAUUGCGCUUUAUUCUGUGGGUAAUUUUCUGUCCUUUGUAAAUUUCAGCGUUCUUUUUUACAUGAUCACUUGGGCCAUAUUUUUAUAUAACCAUAUUAACAAUGUAUACAUAACGAAGAUUUGCAAGAUAGCCCAUCCCUAUUAUGUUGACGUAAGGGACCAGGUCAAGUACAUGUUCGAUAACAUCCCCAAAUUGAAACAUAUCAAGAAAACCAUUUAA